UUGCCAGGCGGAAUCUAGGACGGGAUGGAGCCAGAAUAUUGCGUUAUGCAAUAAAGAUCAGGUUGCUAGGAGCCCUCAGCCUUCUAAUGCUCCUCCUGCUCUCUGAAGCUCCCUCGAAGCCUCCUCCACCCCAGAACCUUCCAAUGGAUAUGUCUACGAGUCAUUUUGAACAGCGGAAGAAACCUCUAGAUAUGUUUUUCUGGGCAAAUGAGGUAACUGGAGAAAUCACCUACCCCCCACUGAAAGCUGAUGGACCUGCAGCUUCUCCUGAGAACCCCCGAGAGAGUCCCAGGUCUCAGCGAGGGAGCAUGCAGGGGGCUCCUCCCAGUCCCCAGGGCCCCACUGCCACACCUGCCCAGAGACCCGCCCCUCCACCCUACUCUGAGGUUUCAACCAGAGACACAAACCCAAGGAACGCCCGCCCACCUGCACUGACCUACGCCAAGGCCGGGCUGCAGAGGCCCCUGCCAUUCUCAGCAAUCCCUGUCACCAUCCCAUCGCCAGGAGGGACCCUGCCAGCACUCAGCCCCCUCAGACCAGCUGCUCAGCCGCCAGCCUCGGCUUUCUCUGUCAGCCCUUCUGCCUCCUGGGCCUUCACCUGCAAGCUGAAAAAUGUCCUUACUGGGAAUAACCGAUUUUCCUUCUGAACCCUGAGAGACUGUGCCAGGCCACGCCCUUUAAGCACCUCUGUGAGCCACCCGUGGCCAGAGAGGCCACCCGCCUGUACACCCUCGUGCUUUGUGAAGACCCCCUCUGCCUCCCGCAGGAGCACACGACUGGCCCCAGGGAUCUUAUAGGAAUGUGCCAAAUGCUUUCAAAUGCAAUAUAAAUUGUCAACGGAAAAGAA